CAGGUGGCUGUCAAGCCAGAAAGGAGACAAUUAGCUCCUGGAGUGCGAGGUGAUGAACUUUGGACCCUGCACCACUUUCCUUCCACUAGUCUCCCGCUUCCUUAUGGGACCAAGCUUCAGCAGGGGCUGCGGAGGCCUCUGCCCUCUGUGAGGACGCUUCCCACUCCGACUGGAUUUAGCGCGCUGCGCGGUGCUGCCAAGCCCGGAGCGAGCGAGAGAGCAGAAAACCUCUCCUCCCAAAGAGUCUCCUCUACGGUCCUAGCUGCUGCUUUCCUCUACUCCCAGCCCCGGCGGCCGCGCCCCCAACUCCGGCUCCUUCGCGCCCCCGCCCUGUCCCUGCAGUACUUCAGAACGCGCCGAGAGGCAGCCCCCCACUCUCUCCAGACGGAACCCCAGCGGGAUGGAACCCUCGCCGCAGUCUCUGCCGCCUUCUUUAGAAAAGGAGCGCGAGGAGGAGGAGCAGUUGAGAAAACUGUUUAUUGGUGGCUUGAGCUUUGAAACUACGGAUGAUAGUUUAAGAGAACACUUUGAAAAAUGGGGCACUCUCACAGAUUGUGUGGUGAUGAGAGAUCCCCAAACAAAACGUUCCAGAGGCUUUGGCUUUGUGACUUAUUCUUGUGUAGAAGAGGUAGAUGCAGCAAUGUGUGCUCGGCCACAUAAGGUUGAUGGACGUGUAGUAGAACCAAAGAGAGCCGUUUCUAGAGAGGAUUCUGUAAAACCUGGUGCACAUCUAACCAUGAAGAAAAUUUUUGUUGGUGGUAUUAAAGAAGAUACAGAAGAAUAUAAUUUAAGAGACUACUUUGAAAAGUAUGGCAAGAUCGAAACUAUAGAAGUUAUGGAAGAUCGACAGAGUGGAAAGAAGAGAGGAUUUGCAUUUGUAACUUUUGAUGAUCAUGAUACAGUUGACAAAAUUGUUGUUCAGAAAUAUCAUACUAUUAAUGGGCAUAACUGUGAGGUGAAAAAAGCCCUUUCGAAGCAAGAGAUGCAGUCUGCUGGGUCACAAAGAGGUCGUGGAGGUGGCUCAGGCAAUUUUAUGGGACGAGGAGGAAACUUUGGCCGUGGUGGUGGAAACUUUGGCCGUGGUGGAAAUUUUGGUGGAAGAGGUGGUUAUGGUGGUGGUGGUGGUGGCAGCAGAGGCAGUUAUGGAGGUGGAGAUGGUGGAUAUAAUGGAUUUGGUGGAGAUGGUGGCAACUAUGGAGGUGGUCCUGGCUACAGUAGUAGAGGGGGUUAUGGUGGUGGUGGUGGACCUGGAUACGGAAACCAAGGUGGUGGAUAUGGUGGUGGUGGUGGAGGAUAUGAUGGUUACAAUGAAGGAGGAAAUUUUGGUGGUGGUAACUAUGGUGGCAGUGGGAACUAUAAUGAUUUUGGAAAUUAUAGUGGGCAGCAGCAAUCAAAUUAUGGACCCAUGAAAGGAGGCAGUUUUGGUGGAAGGAGCUCCGGCAGUCCUUAUGGUGGUGGUUAUGGAUCUGGUGGUGGAAGUGGUGGAUAUGGUAGCAGAAGGUUCUAAAAACUCAUCAGAAAAGGGCUACAGUUCUUAGCAGGAGAGAGAGCGAGGAGUUGUCAGGAAAGCUGCAGGUUACUUUGAGACAGUCGUCCCAAAUGCAUUAGAGGAACUGUAAAAAUCUGCCACAGAAGGAACGAUGAUCCAUAGUCAGAAAAGUUACUGCAGCUUAAACAGGAAACCCUUCUUGUUCAGGACUGUCAUAGCCACAGUUUGCAAAAAGUGCAGCUAUUGAUUAAUGCAAUGUAGUGUCAAUUAGAUGUACAUUCCUGAGGUCUUUUAUCUGUUGUAGCUUUGUCUUUUCUUUUUCUUUUCAUUACAUCAGGUAUAUUGCCCUGUAAAUUGUGGUAGUGGUACCAGGAAUAAAAAAUUAAGGAAUUUUUAACUUUUCAA